AUGGGGGUUUUUGGUUGGGUUUGUAGGUGGGUGGUGUGGGAGUUUUUGGGGGAUGGUGGGGGUUUGGGUUGGGGAAGGGGGGGGGGGGUAGGGGGAUGUGGUUUGGUUGGUGGGGAGGGGGUGGUGGGGGGGGUGGGAAUGGUGAGGGGGGGGGGUUGGUGGGAGUGGAGAAUGGGUUUGGGGGUGGGUUGGGGGGGUUUGGGGUGUGGUGGGUGGUUGGGAAGAGGGAAAAGUAGGGGGUGGGUGGGGGGAAGAGUUGGGGGGGGGGGGGGGUGGUGUGGGGGAGUGGGGGGGAGGUUGUUUGGGGUGGUUUUUUUUGAUUUUUUGGGGGAUGGGAUAGUUGUGUUAGGAUAUGGUGGGGGGUGGGGGGGGGGGGAUAUGGGGGGGGGGGGGGGGGUUGGUGUGAGAGGGUGUGAUGGGAUGGGUGGGUUGUUGGGUAGGGGGGGGGUUAGGGGUUGGUGGGGGGAGGUGUAG